CGCAUGUGAGCUUUCCGCAUUCCCUUUACCCUGAAACAACGAUCCAUCUCACCACCCGGGAUCAUGAUUCCGGGUCGUACUUCGAUAUAAAAGAUGAUGUCAUUCCACCACUGUUAGCCCUCUUAGUAAUCGACAUGAAACCUUACAAGUUAUAGGCACAUGCCAAACAGGAAUAUAUACAGCUAUAAAAUCCCCUGGCAACUUUUAUGAGUUAUCAGACCGAAGCGACCACGUUGGACAGGACAUACAGUUUGUGGUCCUUCCGCAGAUGAUUCAACAAUUCUUAAUCCCCAUCCAUCAAUAUUUCCUCACCCUCUGUUUUGUUUUAGAAGCAAGCAGCACCUGCGGCCACUAUACUCAUGUUACUGACGUUAUCCAUACUUGGAAACGCAUCUUUCGCUAGCAACUCGUAGCGCCAAGCAAAUACCGUCGCUGGACCUGCGUCAGCCUUUGUUACUCUGGGAAACAUCACAAAAAAUUUAUUUAUCAAUAUAUACAAGAGAGAAAGAAAUAAAGAGAGAUUUGGGGAACAGUUGAUGUUUUUUAUUGGACUCUCCUGUAUCGUACUGAACUCUGAUGGUAAGGUCGGUCCUUUCAAUUUAUCUUGUGUGGGUUAGUGAUAUCAGUCGUGCCGCGACAGAGAUAAAGAGGGAGAGAGACACCGUCUCUCGAAACUUGUUGCCAUUUUACCUCCUCAUUACUCCAAGGAUCAACCCAUCUCGUUGGAAAGCCUGUUUUUCGCAAGCCAUCUGAUAUGAUUUCCUCUCAAUGGUAGACACUUAAAAUGCAGAGCUAGGAGGGAUAGUCAUCAACAGACAAUUGCUCUUUCUCUUGCCUUUAUUGCAUUGAAUGCCAACGACAAAACAACCCUUUUAAUAUUGGUAAUAUAUUUACAAAGAGACAACUUCUGGGAAAAGGCGCAGUUUGCCUCUGACUCUUGGUGUGAUAACAUCAAUAUCUUGAUUUCCUGCCUUCAUUGUUGCGUGUGCCUUAUAUUUUCGUCUCCGGCCAGAUGAUUUUUCGACUGGAUAUGCAUUUUGGACUGCCAAGUGCUCGGGAUUUGAAGGAUAAAAUGCGCUUUCUGCGAAGGCGCCAUACAGACAGUUCACUACGAGACACCAACAAAUUCAACUGCGAGAAGAUUUCUUUACUCGAGGUGGAGGACGUACGGAAAUGGGGCGAAUCAUUCGAAAACUUGUUGAGAGAUAAGAAUGGGCUGGAAGCGUUCAGAAAGUUCCUCCAAACCGAGUUCAGCGAUGAAAACAUCGAAUUCUGGUUGGCCUGCGAGGACUACAAGAAGCUCAAAUCCUCCAAGCUUUCUUCCAGAGCAAGGAAGAUAUACGAUGAUUACGUCACGAUACAGGCCCCAAGAGAGGCAAGUUUUAAUGCAGAAGGGGGAUAGUCUUCAGCUCCCCCCCCCCACUCUUUCGAAAAACUGUUAACAAACUUGUAAACAUGACCAUCUGAUUG